CUGUUUUCCGGGACAGUCUCAAUGGAAGCUGUGUGGCACUGAUCAUGCAAAACCGAUCUGGGGAGAAUCCGUGAUUUCUUCUCCACAUCUUCUCUGCAUUCCGCCUGGCUCCCCCAACUACCUCUGUCACCUUGCAAAACUGGCAAUCUCUGGACAUUUCGCAUGCUGAAGAAAAUCACUGUUUUGCCUCCAGCAAGGAAAAUAAAUGUUGCAACCUUGACUCCUCCUCUAAUGAAGAAAGAGUGAACAAGUGCACCGAGGAGUUGAGCUUCUUCUCACAGAGCCACCCAGCUGGGGACGCUGGAGCGGAGGCUGCAAUCCCCAGACGCCCCGUCUUCUGGGCUGGGCUUUCCCCGCCUUCCUUUUCUGUCUUACUCGCUUCUCUCCCGCUUUCUGGAUUUUACCGGCUGUCCGUGAAACAGCUGUACACACGAUGGGUCUCCACGUCUUUGUGCAAGAAGUGCUCCCGGCCUGAUAGGACAGACUUCGCUCCCGUGUGAAACUGAAGAUGCCUUUCCCUAUUCGUGGAGGUGAGCACUAAAGAUGCUCUGCACAUGAACACUGAAGGACAAGAAAUGCAGUAGAAAUGUAAUUGAGGCUAAUUAUCAGAAGGUAUGACAGGAAGCACACUCACCUUGUAUAAUACAGAGCUACAGGCAAUCUUUGAUACAUUUCCUGUAAGAAGAAAAGGGAGCCAACAUGAAGUAUAAUGUGGCAUCCACAGUUGUUUUCAUGCUGCUGCUUUUUCUCAACAUCAGACUCCUGAAUGGAGAGUCACCUCCUGGAAAACCUACUAUCUUUAAAUGUCGUUCUCCUGAGAAGGAAACAUUCACCUGCUGGUGGAGUCCUGGGACAGACGGAGGACUGCCUACCAAUUAUACACUGACUUACCACAAGGAAGGAGAGACCAUCACCCAUGAAUGUCCAGACUACAAAACCAGUGGCCCCAACUCCUGUUACUUUAGCAAAAAGCACACCUCUAUAUGGACAAUAUACAUCAUGACAGUAAAUGCCACCAACAAGAUGGGAAGCAGUACCUCGGAUCCACGCUAUGUGGAUGUGACUUAUAUAGUUGAACCAGACCCUCCCGAGAACCUGACAUUGGAAGUAAAACAGCCAGAAGACAGAAAACCAUAUCUGUGGAUAAAGUGGUUGCCACCCAGCCUGGUUGACAUAAGAUCUGGUUGGCUCACGCUACAGUAUGAAAUUCGAUUAAAACCUGAGAAAGCAGCUGAGUGGGAGACCCAUUUUGCAGGGCAACAGACUCAAUUUAAGAUUCUCAGCUUAUAUCCAGGACAGAAAUACCUUGUCCAGGUUCGCUGCAAACCAGAUCAUGGAUUCUGGAGUAAAUGGAGUCAAGAGAGCUUCAUUCAGAUACCCAGUGACUUCACCAUGAAAGACACAACGGUUUGGAUCUUUGUGGCUGUUCUUUCUGCUGUCAUCUGUUUGAUUAUGGUCUGGGCAGUGGCUUUGAAGGGCUAUAGCAUGAUGACCUGCAUCUUUCCACCAGUUCCUGGGCCAAAAAUAAAAGGAUUUGAUACUCAUCUGUUGGAGAAGGGCAAGUCUGAAGAACUCCUGAGUGCCUUGGGAUGCCAAGACUUUCCCCCCACUUCUGACUGUGAGGACUUGCUGGUGGAGUUUUUAGAAGUAGACGACAGUGAAGACCAGCAGCUAAUGCCAGCACAUUCGAAAGAACACCCAGGACAAGGUGUGAAACCCUUACACCUAGAUCCUGACAAUGACUCUGGCCGGGGAAGCUGUGACAGCCCUUCCCUUUUGUCUGAAAAGUGUGAGGAACCCCGGGCCAACCCCCCAACUUUCCACACUCCUAAGGUCAUUGAGCAGCCUGAAAAUCCCCAAACAAAUAUUCCCUUCACCUGUAACCCCCACAGCAUAAGUAUGGAAGGCAAAAUCCACUACUAUCAUGCUGGUGGAUCCAAAUCUUCCACCUGGCCUUUGCCACAGGCUGCCCAGCACAACCCCAAGUCUCCUUACCACAGCGUCGAUGAUAUGUGUAAGCUGGCUGUGGACCCUGCAGGUGCACUGGCCACGCUGUUGGACAAAGCAGGCAAAGAUGCUUUACGAUCCUCUAAAACCAUUGAGACUGGAGGGGAGGAAAAGGCAGAGAAGCAGAAGGAGAUGGAAAGGUUCCAUCCCAAGACUGAACAAGGCACAGCCUGGCUGCUGCCCCAGGAAAAAGCCCACUUUAUCUCUGCGAAACCCCUGGAUUAUGUGGAGAUUCACAAGGUCAACAAAGAUGGAGCACUGUCACUGCUGCCAAAACAGAAAGAGAACAGUGACCAGACAGAGAAGCCCGGGGCUCUUGAAAUCAGUAAGGAGUAUGCCAAAGUUUCCAGGGUGAUGGAUAACAACAUCCUGGAGUUAGUGCCAGACCCACGUGCUCAAAGCGUGGUUUUGUUUGAAGCAUCGGCCAAGGAAGCUCCGCCAUCAUGUCAACAGAAUCAAGCGGAGAAAGACCUGGCCUGCUUCACAGCAACACCAAGCAACUGCACACACCCCCAGGGGGGGCUGGAUUACCUGGAUCCUGCAUGCUUCACGCACUCCUUUCAUUGAGAGUUGACUAAUGGAAGGACUGGGUAAAAUGUGAUUUUUCUUCAGGUAACACUACAGAGUUACAAAAUGCAAUCUGCGAGCUGAUGGCUUGAGAAUGUGGGUAGAAUGACACUACUUUGCUCUUUUUCAUGCUCCGUGUCUGACCACUUGCCUCUUUUCCCAACUGCUGAUUUCCAGAACAAGUCGUUUUGUGUCCUGUGAUUUGUAGAUUCACUUUUUGCUAUUAGUUAUAAAAAUUGUAUUCAAUGAAAUAUAAGCACAUAGCUUAGUAUUCUUGAGGGAUAGUACGAUUUAGGUACAUCCUCUGGAAAAGGCUUUCAUGGUUCAGUAGGUGAUAGAAGGAAAUGAAAUGGUCAAAAUGGUAGCAUGGGAAGGUGACAGAUAGGUGGAAAAUGCCAUGAAAACCACUUCUGAAAAACAGUUCUUUAAUUUUGACACUCUUCUUUCAUUUUAUUAGGAUUACCCAAAUAUAACCCAUGGAAAGAACACAUGCAUUCCAGCAUACCUGACGAGUUGUUUACACCUGUUCCUAUACCUUGACACAUUGCCAAGAUGCAAGUAAAAUGAUGCCUCCGAUUUUUUCUUAAGAUACUUUGAAUAUGUUAAGCAUAGAUUUCACAUCCCUAAAUUUUACUUCAUUCCAAAGCCUCUAAAGUAUAUAGUUUUGGAAAGUAAAAUUUUAUUAUAUAAGAGGCAAAUGAAUUUCAUGUGGCAAAUUCUUUUAGAAUGUUUUCCUGCAACAGGAAAAAAAAAUAUUAUAUUCCCUAGUCUUUCCUUAGUGAAAAAAAAAAUCCCAAAAGAUGAACUCUAAUCUAAAAGAUAAUCACAGCAGGAUGCUAAUAGAACUACUGCCUUACUGUACAUACGAAUUCUACUUUAAUACAAACCCAUAAGUUUAGCAAUGUAUUUUUGAAGACUAUUUUUCUAUUGCUGAGGUAAAAUAAAAGACUAUUUUCUAUUUUCCCAGUAUAGCUGUUUAUGUAUUCAGUGGGUACAGUAUUUUCUGCUACAAGGUUAUAAUUGAGCAUUUACAGUACAUAAAAGUGUAUGCAGUCCCUGUUUGUAGAGUAAAAUGUCAUACCAACCCAAAGCCCACUGAGAAAUAUGAAGUGGAUGACAAAAUCCAGUUUCCAUUACAAUGGAGCAUAGUUUCUCUGAUUCUUUUUCUCUCCAAGAUACUUUAAGCAACAACGAACAACAACAACUUGGGUUCAAAGAAUUCUCCACAGAUCAGAAAUUAUUUCUCCUGUGAGUUUAGGGCAACUCUGGGGCUUCUGCCCAUCUAUGGUUGAAUCUUCAUAAAGCUACCAUGAAAAAGGACAGUGGUGAUUUUAACAUGCUGUUUCAGAGACAGAGGCUUGGUCUUGUUUUGUUUUUCUGAGCAAUCUUGGGCAGCAAAAGAAUUUUAAGCAAAACCAGGAGUUAGUAUCUCUCCUAAAUAGAUCCAUUUGCAAAAUCUUGGUAGAGAUGGAGACAGCACUUACAUGGGCAGUAUCCAAAUACGCUCUAGAAAGCCAGGCAUUUGUAGAGUGAUGGGAACAGCUCCAAAGGUCAGGUAUGGUAAUGAGAAUCUGUAGAUCAGUUAGUUAGUUUGUUUGGUAGUUAGUUUGUUUGUUGUUUGUUUUUGACCCCCUGAGAGUGGUCAAAAGCUGGGAUCACCACUUUAAGAGGAACAUCUAUGAAUCAUUGACUUUACAAACAGCUUCCCUCUAUUUUUCAUUUCACCUGAGGGCAAAUCCACUUUCCAGCCACUCACUAAUGACAUAAAAGACUUGAGCUCACCCUGGUGAGUCAAGUAUUCCACCUCAACAAGUCCAUAUUGAUAAGAACUGGAUCCAGCUUCCCAGAUGAUUAAAAGUGGACACACUGCCAGUGCUCUAUUUUCCCAGAACAUAGACAACUCUUACGAUUUGAGGAAGCAUUUGGGAGAGUUGUCCAAGCUCAUUAAUCCUCUAGAUCCUCAAUACUCAGUGUCUGAGAAUCAACUAUGUCAGUAUCAACUGGACACUGUAUGAAAAUUCUGUUUGCAAAAUCUUGGACCCCAGCCCAGCCCUACAGAAAUGGAAUCUGCAUUUAACUAAGAUCCCCACAUGAUUCACAUGCUCAUGGAAGUUUAAGAAACAUUGCCCUAGAUUAAUAUUUCCACUAAAGGUUAUUUUAGUGCAUGGAAACAAUCCUCUCAUGGAACGUAUAGGUCAAGUUCCAUUUAACUCUCAAUGAACAGUGCUAUAUAUAAGAAUAAGGCAAAAAAAGAAACCUCUUAGUGGUUUAAGAUGCACACAAUGGAGAAUCUGAGAAUGACCUGCAAAAGUACAUAAAAUUUCCAUUAGGGCCAGAGAAUACAGUCCACUUAAAAGAUGUUGAUCAUAGACAAUGACCUUCAAGACAAUUUUAACUAUACUUUUCCCAAGUAGACCAUUCUCCUCCAACAUAUGUAUAUACAGGUUUUUAUUUAUAAAAUUAUGACCAUAGCAAAGACAAAAACUUGUUUGUGUGUGUGUAACUGUGUAGAUCUUAUAGUUUGAAAAUUUUAAAACAAUCUUCUUUUAACAUAUAAUUUUAUGUAUAUAAAAAAGGUUAUAGCCAGCUAACGACAACCCAAAUCCCAAAGACACAAAUUAGCACUCAUUAGUCAAAACUAUGAUUCUGUAAUCAUUUAGCACUCUUUCAAUUGUUUUCAUGAUAUAACAUAUUUUCUUUGAUGGAAACAGCUGAUUGAAUGGAAGAACACAUACUCUGGGUUCUGCUCUUGUUUUGCCUAGGAGAGAUGGAGACCUUCUUAAGGUCUCAUUUUUUUUCUGAAGAUGUUAGACCAAAUAAUUUCUAAAGGUUUUAAAAAAACUGUGAUUCCUUGAUUCCAUGACUCACUGAAUAUUUUCCUACAAAGAUCAUUCAAACAAAUGCCUUGUAUCUUAAUAUGGCAUCAAAUAAUUACUUUUCAUUAUAUGAAUACCAGGUAAUCUUCAGUGAUCUGCUUAUCAUACUUUAUUUUUCAAGUCAUCAGCCCCAAAUGAUCUUAAUGUAUUGCAAAUUCAUUUUCUAAGUUAUAUAAAUACAGAAUCAUAUUCUUAAAUUAUGUGCAAAUAUGCAUAGAGAGAAUAGGCAUAAGAUAGAAAAGAGACACUAUUCUGCAGAAAAAUUAUCUUUUAGUGAAUUAAGCCAUGCUCAUUUCUGGCUGAGUCCAGCAACCCCAAAUCUCUUUUCUUUUAUCUAUUGAUUUUUUUUCCACUUAUGAUAGCUUGUAAACAACCAUUGCCCAGCUGACUUAAGGUCAUACUUUGAUAAACAAGUACCUAAAUAUUCAAGUUACAAAGCUUAUGAAACUAGAUACAACCAAUGGCUGAUUUAUAGACACUUACAACCAAAGUAACAAAAUGUUCUAUUUAAGUUUUAAUUUAAUGUAUAUAAGACACCCUAACAUGAGCACAAGUUAUUAUCAGCUGCCAUUGACAUUUAGCAGACUCAACAUUUUCCUAAGUGCCUAAGACCAUCUCUGGUAAUCAGUUAUGAACUGAAGACUCACUUUAACUGGUUUGGUCUGAGGAAUCAAUCUCCAGCUGCUUGUGUAAGAUCAAAGCAUUUUGACUCCUUGCCCUGUGGUGACUGAAAUGAAUAAACAGGCAAACCUUGAGUUAAUGAGUGACCUGAGGCUGAGUUCCAGGGAGCAGUUUGUCUCUGGAAGAAAUCUGGCUCUUGCUUUUUUGAGCUGCCCUCUGCUGCCCAUCAUUUGCAUUUGCAGAAAGACUUGGGCCUGCCUUGCCAACUUCCCUAUCUCCUUAGAGUAGAGGAUAAAGAAACAGAUUUGUAUGUUUUAUAAAAGUGCCUUUCUUUAUUUUCUAAAAAACAAAAAAAGAGUUGUCACUUUGCAAGAAAUUUGUCAGAAAGUAAAACUGACCUUAAGUAGAUUUUGUUUUUAUGCAAAUGUUGCAUUAAAAAAAAUGAAGAAAUGGAAAGAGAAGUCAGAAAGAAUGACAAAAUGGCCUAAGAAUCAACCAGCAAAAUGUUCAGUAGAUUUUUGUGUAUUGUUCCAAUGAACCAUCAUAGAGCAGAUGUUAAUAGUGUAACUUACUUUGCCUGACAAGAAAUUGAGUCUGGCUAUGAUUUGGGGAUAAACCUGCCACCCACUCAAGACAAUCCAUUUUAAAGCAUAUUGUUGUGCUUUUAAAUGUCACUGAAUUGCACGCCAGAGCCUCAAAAGAACAAUGUGUGCACUUUGAAACUUUGCACACAGAUGGAAAAACACUAAUGACUCUGAGUUAUCACCCCCAGUGUUGUUAAAAAUAGAUAAGCCAUUGAUGAAAGCCUUGUGUGUACUUCAGUGAAUAAAUGUCCUUUCCUGUCUUUUUUGCUCAAGCACAAUAUUGUCAUUGCUGGGAUAGUGACUUGGCGUUCCAUGUCCAGGUCUAGCUCCUAUCACUGCCACUGAACAAGCUAUAUGGACCUUUAAAUUCUGGCCACCAAUUUUCUCACUGAGUUGGCCAAAAAUAUUUCUAGGAUUUCUUCUAGCUCUGCCUUUGAUUCUCAUAAUCUAAGUAAAAUCCAAGAGUUCAUGUCCAAGGUCCAGGUACCCCAUGGGAACACAUUGCUGACCUGCCCUUGACCUGCCCAGUGAACUCUGAAGACAGUGUGUCUACAAAAAUGCUUAAGACACAAAGUCAGCUCCAUUCCUUCAACCCAGAUGAAUUUAAUCCUCCCCCCCUCCUCUUCCUUCCUGGUGUUAUGUACUUCUAGGCUUUUUAUUCCUUCUCCCCAAGGCCUGUUAUUUCUCCCAAGUGUUAAUCAUUCCUAGUAGCAAGAAACAAAAUUAUUUUUAAAAAAUGAACUUUAACCCUGCAAAGAACUAGUCAAAUGUUAAAUCAGGCACAGAUAUCCAAGUUGAGGAUCACAAGUACACCCCACUGAGAGAUUUGCAUGUUUAAAGAUUUAAGCCCAUAUUCACUCUUUAAUUAAUUUGGUGGCCAUCUAUAAGUUCAGGCUAUCUUUAUUACUAGGCACCAGAGGUCUUAAGGAGAAACUUAAAAACACAGAAUUAUUUCUUCAGAACUUAUGAUCCAAUAAAAAAUGAGAUUUGUAUGAUUGACAGAUUUGUCAUCUGCAAAUCAAACACGAUUUCUCUGCCUAGACUUUUGCUUUUUAGGAAGGUGAUUUUUGGUCUGGGACCCCCACGGUAUCUAUUUCAAUUAAAGGGAAAAGAUAGAUAAAUAGAAAAUAGGAUGUUUCCAAAGGUUUGGGCAUUUGAGAAUUCCACAAAAUGCCAAGAAUAGCCACUAAACCUAAAUUUUAGUGAAAAUAAUAAAACUAUAAUGUAUUCAGUAGUCUGAUAUUAUGGCUCUGAGAUGCAUAUAAUUCAUGAUUCAAUAGGCUGGCAGCUCUUUUAUCCACAUCAAUUUAUUUGGUUUACGCUCUGAUUUCAAUUAACAAAGCAUUGAAAAAUGUAAGUUGGAAAGGCAUAUCCUGUUGAUAUGGUGUAAUCAAUGAACAGAGGGACUCUCCAAUUAUCAAGGCAUAUUAAUUAAUUAACAUUUUACCUGCUGCUGUUUAAAAAAAAACCUCUAAAAACUUUGGCAACAGAAGGAGUAAUAUCAAACAUAAACUUAAAUAGUUGUGGUCAAAUUAUGCUCACCUGGAUAAAUUUCUGAGCUUUUCUGUGCACAUUUUGCAUUCUGGUGGGAGGGGAUUUUUUUAUCAUGUUAUCUAAAAUUGAAAAGCUAUAUGGCAAGAAUACCUCUGAAAAAUGAUUUGUUUUAUAAAUUCUUGGGAAAAAUGAAUUUUGAAAUUAAUUUUAGAAAUAACUACCUCCCCUUCAUGUCCUAAUAACCUUCCUUCAAAGCUGCUUGUAGUUUAGAAAUGAAACAUCUCAUGCUUUGACUGUUUUUGGUGGCAUAUUGGAUGUAUUUGUCAUAAGUCAUUUCUGACUUUAAAGUAAUCAUUGUAUUAUUUUAUACUAUAUUGCCGUAUGUGGUUCAAAAACAGUAUAUGCCACACUGAAAUAUAUAAUCCUCGUGUUAUAAAACUCAUUAUGUAAUAGAAAUGAAAAUUAUUUAAUGACUUAGAAUCUAUCCAUGUGUAAUUUCAAAAUGAUUAUGUUUAUGACUGUAAAAUAAGACUAAAAAAUGUAAUCACAUAUUUCUGUUGAAACUGUGAAUGUACUAAUUUUUCUUUAAUCUUUGAAGUAGUAUCAUAUGCCACUGUACAGCUGCUCUGGGGUGUUCUGUGUUUAAAGUACAAUCCAACAACUAUUUAAACAUCAACUUCAACCCCUCGGCUUUGCUUCAUGUGACCACUGACUCUUGAGUGUUAUCUGCAUAAUGAGGCUUACUUUUGUGCUUCAUCAUUCAUUUUGAACAAUGUAGGAGUCUCAUGUGGAAACCAAAGCGAUCUAGACCCAACCCAUUGCAAGAUCGUGUCUUCUGCAAAGCCAUACUGAAGUGAAGCCUUCACCAUAAUGGAAGGUUCCAUAUUUUCAAAGCUACCACUACCUCUGCUUGUCUUCUCUCCCUAGAAAAUGCCAAGUAAAAUCUUUCAACAUUAAGUGGCAAAUUAGAAGUGAUUGUUAAGUACAUUGAUGACAUUGUUUGCUUCUUGACAUGAGAAUGCAACUUCUAAUUCACCACUUUGCAGGCUUAUGCUAGGUUUUCUGAAUAACCCUUUUUACAUUUUUGUAUUUUAUAAAAACUGGCUGAUGAGUAAACUUCAGAAAGAAUACAUAGUCAUCAGAUUAAAAAAAAAUAACAGAGUGUAGAGUUUUUUCCUAACUAUUAAGUCACCUUAAGGUGGUUUCCCAAAGCCAUGAUGAUAUAUGUCAUUAUUGAAAAUACCCAAUUCAGUGCCUGGCUUAACAAAUGUUUAUUUCCUUUGCCUGCCUUUCAUAUAUAUUUUUUUAAUGGAGAAGAGCAGAAUUAUGUAUACAGCUGAAGCAAUUUUCUUAAAGCCUUUUUGCUGCUAAAGGAUCCAUAAUCAGGAAAUUUACAAAAUAAUUCCCCUAAAACUCCUAGAAAUAAAUUUUUUCUUUACAUAAUGUUAUCUAUCAAAUAUAUUAUGAUAUGGGGAAGGUCAGUCAUUUAUCAGAAAUAAUCUUGUUUUGAUUUUAAAAACUUAUUUUCUUUAUGCCAUCAUUGUAAUGUCUAUUUUUUUCCUGUUUAGCCUUUAAGAAUUAUAGAUUAUACACAUCUGAUUUGUUAUCUUGCACUUUUCAUUCUAUAAAUCUUUGGUUAUUGCAUACCAUGCUUCCCGUUUUCCAUGGAAUUAUUCUUUUAUCUCCUUCCAUUUUCUGGGGACUACACGGACGGUUAAAUCUUUGUCAAUAGUAUGGGAAAUUAUGCUAACUGCUAUUCUCACACCUUCAUUUUUACUGCAUGCCAAAAACAAUGCUUGCCAAACAAAAUCUUAGACAUCCUAGUACAUUGUGGUCAUUAUAUUUCUAUUCAUGUCUUUAUAAAAAUACCCAGCCUAGUGUCCGGCUCAAUAAAUAUGUAUUUCCCUUUUUCCCUUGCCUAUCCUUCUUUAUUUUUUUAAACUUGAAAUGGGGAUGUACAGAAUAACAUAUGUUGGGCUAAAGCAAUUAUCUGAAAAACUUUCUGUUGCCAACAGAUGUAUAAUCAGGAAAUUGUUUCUUUAAUGGGACCAAAAUAAAUUUCUUCAUAUACCUUUAUCCUGCCAUAAAUUACCAGACAAGAUUCCCUUCCUUUACCUCAUCCCUGUCAUAUGAGGAGCUGCAAAAAAUAAAGUGACAUGGCACUGGGCACAGUGGGAAUGAGUAAGAGAAUAUCACUUAAAUAUUGUUAAAUAAAGGAAAGACCAAAUCAUCAAGAAAAAAGUAACCCUUUGAAGACUAUAAUUCAUUGAUAUUACCAAUAUAUUUUUGGCAAAAUCCAUCAGAUGAAGUGUGAAUGGAUAACUUCUUACUUUGAAAAAGAUCUAGAUCUAAAAAAUCAACUAGAGUUCAUGCUUCUGUUGAAUUAUGAGACAACAUGGAGGUUUGCUUUACAAACUCUCCUCUGCCACGUCCUAAUUCACUAAUGCCGUGUCUUAUUGAAGAAUUAUAAACUUCUUCCCUACAUGAAUACUGGGAUCUAAAACUUGGCUUUAGGCAAAGAAACUUUGACUCUCUUGUUCUCUUGGAACCAUUUGCCUUUAAUUCUUGGGCCCAUUUGUAUUUUUAAGCUACAAAAUGCACACUGUCAGCCAUCAGACACAGGCUUUCUACAAUUAGUGAUGAGCUAAGGAAUGUAGUAGGGAGCUAGUUUUCCAAAGUUAACUGCAUGUGCUUUCCUCAAUGAAAAUGGAAAUUCUGUACUGCCACAUCUUGCCAGAAUCCCAUAUGAAAUUUUCACCCACUUAGACCUCUUACAUCUUACUGACCAAGUUUCACACAUACCAAGUCUCCCCCAUUUUUUAGAACCGGGGAGAUGCAAUUUUCAUCUUGGGGUGAUGGAGCAAGAUGGGAGUGAAGAGGAGUGAAAGAAAGUGUCAUUGAAAAGCCCCCAAAAGGGACCUCCCUGGACAUGGGAAGAAAAAGUCCUGAUGAUUUUGAAAAUCCCUCCAAAGCCUGCAGAGGAAAUCAAACCCAUUAUUAAUGCUGUAAAAUGUAUUCUGCUUUGGAAAUCUUGACACCUAAAGUUAAAAUUCUUUUAUCAAUAACCUCCUCCAUGCACACUGUCCAUCAACUCCUGCUUCCCAUACAAAUGUUAAGCAUUUUUCUCUUGUUGUGAUCAGGUUCACAUUAAAAUGUGUGCUUAUAAACUGACUUGAAGCACAGAUAUUUUUAUGAAUGCUAUAAAAUAUUUUUUAAAGAAAAAGCUAGAGGAUGUCAGUCAAAUAAAACACCACAUGGAUGUGUGUUGGCAAACACUGGCAUAAGAAAACAGACCUCAGGAAUUUUUAUUACUGUAUUUAUAAAUGUAUUCGAAAGAAUUUGUAAAUGCCACAGGUACAUUUUUAAGGUGACACAUUUGCUCCUUAUAAAACAUUAAAAAUUACAAGGCGAGCUUAAAUGACAUUUGCCAAUAGUUUUACUUUACAAGAUGAAUAUUGAUAUUGUUGCUGAACUAUGUAACUUCAUGAUGCAUUUUUCAAUCCUUUUUCAGAGCAAAUGCUUUUGCAAUGGUAACAAUGCCUACUCUAAGUUGACUUAAUAAAUUAUUUCUUGAGCAA